AUGCUCUUGCCCCCACUGGACGUCGUAGUAUACCCAGCCUUCGCCAUGAGUCGCGGAGCUGGAACCUACGCAAGUCGUCCACCACGACCGUCUUCUACAGUCUCAUCAACAUCCUCAUCCUCGUCGACAUCAUCUCGAGCAUAUAGCGCAUCGCCAGACUUCCUGAGUAUUCAAAAGCUUGUCCAUACUAUCUUCCGGUCUUCGAAGAUCACAGUACAGCAAGCCGAACGGUUACGAAGCCGCAUUCACCAAGUUUACUUGACCAAGCUCGCAGGCGACGGUUCGCUCGUACUCAAGUGCUUGCCAGCAGGGAGCACAAGACUAUUGCGCCAUGAAAGACAUACCCUUGAUACCGAAGUCAAGACGAUCGAAACGUUACAUGAAUACACCCAGCUCCCAGUACCUCGAAUCAUCAAGUACGACAACCAUGGGGGACUGUUCGGCUCGCCAUUCCUCAUCAUGACCCACCUCCCGGGACGCAGACUUUCAGAGUUAGCACCACAUCUCACAACUAUCGAACGUAAUACAAUUGACCGCACUCUGGGCUCAUAUGUCCGCAGCUUAUCGUCACUCUCAGCAACACAGUUCGGUAUGACACACCGAGUCUUCGAGCGCAAAGGCUGCAAGUCUUGGCGUGAGGCUUUCCUUGCUCUCUUGGAGGGCGCAUUAAGAGAUGGCGAAGAUAUGCUCGUCACAGUACCGUACGACAGUAUCCGCUACUACGUUGCGAAGUACGCACAUGUCUUGGAGGAGGUCACAGAACCGAGACUUGUCGCCCUAGACGUCUGCAGGCCAGACAACAUUCUUGUCGACGAGUACACAAAGCGAGUGACCGGUCUUGUCGGUUUCUCAAACGUCAUCUGGGGCGAUCCGCUUCUGAGUGGAGGUAUUGCAAAUGGCAGUGAUGCGUUCUUCGAAGGGUUUGGCGAGUGCCCUGUGCGAACCGGCGGUGUCAAGACCAGGAUGUUGAUGUACACAGUCUACCGGUCGAUAAUUACGAUUGUUGCGCACCACUACCGUCCUCAUACCACAAUCGAUGAGCUAGGAGUACGGCGCGAGCUCGUGUGCGCACUGAACGAACUUGCACGGAUGUGA